AUGUCAGACACACCGUUAAGUGCUGAGGAGAAGAAGAGGAUCCUUCGUGAAAGAAGACAGGCCAAGAUGGCCAAGGGCCAAGCCUCCGAUCGGUUGAACACUAUUUUGGGGCUGGGUUCUUCCGUCAAGGACAACACGGCCGUGUCGGUAUUGGAUAAAGCACCAAAGACCCCACAGGCGUCUCCAUCGCCAACCCCACAGCCAAAUCACCACGUCGACCCUGAUGCCGACCCCGAGAUCCAGCACAUCGACACCAUCGCGCAGCCUGUUGAAGAGCCAGACAUUGACCAGAUCUUCAAGAGCAUCUUAUCUCACGGAGACCAACACGAGGCCAAUGGUGAAGACCCAAUUUCGCAGAUGAUGAAGAACAUGUUUGGAGCAAAUGCUGGUGGCCAACCUGGAGCCCAGCCAGAGGGCUCUCCCUUUGGAAUUCCCCAAGAAAACCCCGAGGAAACCCAGUACCAAAAGGACCUUGUUGCCUACAACCAGUACGAGCAGAGAUUGUGGAAAUUCCGGUUUUUGGUCAUAAGGUAUAUUGCCGUGUUCUGGAACUUCUUCUACCACUUCUAUUCCUCCGACAACUAUGCCUUCCAAGCAUCCUCCUACGACUAUAUCCGUGGCUUAGGCUCGGCCACUCCAGUCAAGAGUUUCUUCACAUGGUUCUCCACCAUCGAAACUGUCUUGUUGGCAACUUUCUACAUGCUUAGUUCCAAUAAGAAUCUUUUUGCCACUGCAUCCGAGAACAGCUUAUUGAUCAAAGGCCUUUCCUUUGGAUCCAUGGUGUUGCCCCAAUUGAGCCACUACAAGCCAUUGGUGGUGCGCUUUUUGGCUUACUACGAGAUCUUUGGAAUGUUCUUGGCUGAUAUAUCACUUGUGGUGGUGCUAUUUGGGUUGCUCAGU